UAGAUAGAGACACGGCUGUGUGUCGGAGUGGGAGAUGGACUGAGUGAGGGCGCUCUUUCGACCAGUGAACCUGAUAGCACUGAAAUACCCACAAGCUAGGCUGAAAUAAUUGACGAAUUUCAGGUCGCUGAAUCAACCAGAAAAACAUAGUACCGUUACCAGUCUUUCACAUCCCACUCCAAUCACACUAACACGGCAUUGAUGGUAAUGUAUGCAAGGAAACAACCGAGACUCGGCGAUGGGUGCGACCGAAGAGAUUCUCAGCCCUAUCAGACUCUCAAGUACUCGUCCAAGACCCAUCCAGGAGGGGACCACCGUCAUGAAAAGAUGCGCACUGACUCAGAUGUCACCCCUCCUUGCAAAAUGCUCAGGAGGUCUGACAGCCCUGAAAACAAACACAUCGACAGCACAGGGCACAGCAGAGGAAAGGCUGUCCAUACACACCGGGCCAGAGACAGGGAUGGAGGGACCAGUUAUUCUCCACCAGAAAAUUCUCACAACCACAGUUCCCUUCAUAGUUCCAAUUCGCAUACUAACCCCAGCAAGACCUCAGACACACCUUAUGAACCUGGUGACGACUGGUCAGAGCACAUCAGCUCGUCCGGAAAGAAAUACUAUUACAAUUGUAGGACAGAGGUGUCCCAGUGGGAGAAGCCCAAAGAGUGGCUUGAAAGAGAACACAGACAAAAAGAGGCAACAAAGACUGCAGUUGUCAACAGUUUCCCCAAAGACAGGGACUACAGAAGGGAGGCGAUGCAGGCGACGGCAGCCCCCAGCUUUGGUGCUAAGUUAGUCCAGGUGGAAAAACCUACAGCAACCCUACCCCAGUCCCAGUCUUCUUCCUCAGGCUCAGGGAGCUUGAAUCAAUCAUCAGGUCCUCCUGGAUCAUCAGCCUCAACAGUCCCUGUGUCCCCGGUUCUGCAGUCCCCUGCCCCCCCACUACUCCAAGACCCUACCUUGCUUCGCCAGUUUCUCCCAGCACUUCAGACCGCCCUGCAAAUCAACAAUGCCAGUGUGGACAUGUCGAAAAUUAAUGAAGUUCUCACAGCUGCCGUCACACAAGCUUCAUUACAGUCAAUGCUCCAUAAGAUCCUCACCGCUGGACCAUCAGCUUUCAAUAUCACUACUAUCCUUUCUCAAGCUGCUCAACUUUCCAACCAAGCAGCUCAGCAAUCAAACCAGUCACCAAUGUCAUUAACAUCAGACGCAUCAUCGCCCAGGUCAUAUGUUUCUCCAAGGAUCAGCACACCACAGACCAAUGCUGGUCCUCUGAAACCCCUCCUCAGCACGCAACCUGUCAUCUCACAGCCAAAAGCGAGUACGCCAGCAGUGAAACAGGCAUCUCACUCUCAGCCCACUUCCCAGCAGCCCCUUUCCAGUGAAAAGCAGCACAGUUAUGAUGCCACCACUUCCUCCCCACGCACCCUCCAGCGUCAAGGUAGUCAGAGGAGUCCUUCACCGGGUCCCAACCACGUCUCCUCCAGCAGCAACAACACCUCCAACUCCACCUCUGCACCUCCUUCCGCCUCAGCAACCCGGCCACCAUGCUCCUUCACCCCCACCCUCGCUGCUCACUUUAAUGAGAAUCUAAUCAAACAUGUCCAGGGAUGGCCUGCUGAACAUGCAGAGAAACAGGCAUCAAGGCUACGUGAAGAAGCUCACACCAUGGGGAGCAUCUGCAUGUCUGAGAACUGCACUGAGCUCAAAAACCUCAGAUCCCUUGUCAGAGUCUGUGAAAUACAAGCAACAUUGCGCGAGCAGAGGAUACUGUUUCUGAGACAGCAAAUCAAAGAACUUGAAAAGUUGAAGAAUCAGAAUUCCUUCAUGGUCUGAGAACUUCUGGUUGCGAGUUGAAGUGAGCAUCGGGGUGUGGGUGAGGGGUGAGAAAGCAGAAAAAACCCAUUGCACAUAGGUGGAAGCUUGGAGGGAGAGCAGUUCCUCCUGAGCCCGGUCUUAA